CUUCUGUUUUCUGCGUGAGCCUCGACCCUAAGACCAACACCCUGGCAGUGACGGGCGGGGAGGACGACAAGGCCUUUGUGUGGCGUGUGAGCGACGGAGAGCUCCUGUUCGAAUGCACAGGGCACAAGGACUCAGUCACCUGUGCCAGCUUCAGUCAUGACUCUGGGUUCGUGGCCACGGGUGACAUGUCUGGGCUUAUCAAAGUGUGGCGGGUGGAUGCCAAGGAGGAAGUGUGGUCUUUUGAAGUGGGAGACUUGGAGUGGAUGGAGUGGCACCCUCAAGCCCAUGUCCUUCUGGCGGGCACAGCUGAUGGCAACUCCUGGAUGUGGAAGAUCCCCAGCGGAGACUGUAAAACCUUCCAGGGCCCUGCGUGCCCCGCCACGUGUGGCAGGAUCCUGCCUGAUGGGAAGCGAGCGGUGGUGGGGUAUGAGGAUGGGACCAUGCGCAUCUGGGACCUGAAGCAGGGAACCUCGCUGCAUGUCCUAAAAGGCCAGGAUGGCCACCAGGACCCCUUGACGUGCUUGGCCAGCAAUCAGGAUGGCAGUUUGAUCCUGACGGGCUCCGUGGACUGCAAUGCCAAGCUGGUCAACUGUGCCACGGGCAAG